AAGAAGUGAUUUAUUUAUUUAUUUAUUUAUUUAUUUAUGAAAAAGCAAGGAGCAACUUGAUAUGUGUUGACCGUAUGGUCCACGACAAAAUGGUAUAUAAAAGGAGCGUUAAAGCCCUUUAAACUCUGAUUUUUGGUUCUGUUUUCCCUGAAAUCAAAUCAUCAUGAACAACUCUUUGGUUGUAGCUGCACAAGAUGGUGACGUAGACUUGCUCUACAAGCUCAUUCACAUGCAACCCUACGUGCUGGAACACACCGACUUCAUGCCAUUCGUUGACACUCCACUGCAUGUUGCAGCUGCUGCAGGACAUGCCAGUUUUGCCACUGAGGUCAUCAGACUCAAACCCUCCUUUGCAUGGAAGCUCAACCAGUGUGGCCUCAGCCCCAUGCAUCUUGCGUUGCAGAACAAUCAUCACAGAUUGGUGUGUCGCUUUGUGGAGAUCAACAAGGACCUCGUCAGGAUCAAAGGGAGAGAGGGUCUCACUCCUUUGCAUGUUGCAACUCAAACUGGGAGAAUCGAUCUUGUGGCAAAAUUCUUAUCUGCUUGUCCAGAUUCCAUCGAAGAUGUAACUGUUCGAAGUGAAACCGCGCUGCAUAUUGCUGUGAAAUAUAACCAGUUUCCGGCUUUGGAGGUCUUAGUUGGAUGGCUCCAGAGAAACUGCCAAAGACACGCUCAGAACCGCGAGAGAAGAAUUCUGAACUGGCAGGACGAAGCAGGCAACACAGUUCUCCACCUUUCUGUUCUCAAAAUCUUCCCUCAGGCAGUUAAGUUGUUGUUAGACAGCAACAUAGACAUAAAUGCCAAGAACUUUGAGGACUCGACAGCGUUGGACAUAGUAGAGAUUAACCAAACCCAGGCUGACAGUGCAGAAACCAGAGACAUGUUAGUGAGCCGUGGAGCUUUACGUGGCUUUUCACUUUCUAGCACAACACUGGUGGAAGAGCUACGAGCAAAAAUCACAUUCAAUGAGAGAAUAGCAAUAUCGGUGACUCGCCUGAGAAAGAGAAUAUCAAACGACACACGCAAUGCUUUGUUGGUGGUGGCCAUUCUUUUUGCUACAAACACUUACGAAUCAGUGCGUAGCCCUCCCGGUGGAGUUUACCAAGGAGAGGGUAGUGAUAAGAAAAUGAGCACAUCAUUCGAGCACAGUGAGUAUGCAGCAAUGGAAGAAAUUAGUGGGAAAGUGGUGAUGAAAAUGCAUAUCUUCAACUGGUUCUGGUCCUUCAAUACAUUCUCCUGUUAUCUUUCGAUUUUGAUGAUAUGUUUUCUGAUGCCACGAGGGCGAAUCAGUGUUUUCGUCACCUUUCCACUUUCUAUAUUUUCUGGAUGCUACGUCUUCUCCAUGUUAGUGAUAUCACCCAGUUUCAGGUUAAACACUGCAACUGUGGUUCUGCCAUGCGUCUUCACGCUCUUCUACGGUUGGGGAAGUUUCAUAUACAUUAGAUUAGCCAAAAAACUUAAAAUGUAUGCACAUAAACAGAAAGACACCUUCAAGUUUGUAGGAGGAAACAGAUGGUAAUCAUUUCUGUUCAUAAGGAAAAUGUUUCA